UUGCAAUGGCCAGCCAAUUGCGAGAAUUUAUGACUUUUAAUAUCUCGAAAAAUGUGAAAAGUAAACAAAGUAACAGUAAAUGAACACUGGCGGUGGCGAAUGGUGCGCGAAGCCAAAAGCAAGGCGUCGCGGCACUGCUCGUACCUUUGGGCCGACACUUCUUGCGGCCACUGUACAAACGUGUGUAUUUUUGGCUGCAAAACAAAACGGAAAAUCGGAAAACAAAAUUUCGUAUGAAACGUCGUCUUCGCAAUUGAUGUGGGCUUCUCGCAGCUCUUCCAAAAAUUUUCAAAAUACGAAAAAUACUUAAACAUUUUAUUGAGUUGCAAAAGCGACUGACGACAGUUUGCCAUUUAACGGCUGGCGGUGUGUGUGGUGAAAUUUGUGUUUAUUUGGAGAAGCUAAUUUGGGAAAUAAGCUCUUUAGCAUUUCACUUUACGGCUGCUUUUGGUGUUAAUUUGUUGUGAAAAUCAUCGAAUUUGCGAAUUUUAAAUUCGAUUUCAUUCGAAAUUUCGACAAAAAAUGGCAACGCAAUCGCCAGCCUGCGGAUAUUGCCAAUAUUAAGCGUUUAUUAUGUGUGAAUCGAUUUGAUGUUAUGUGAAAAGUGUGCAGGAGCUUUCUGCAACCAGUGGCCAUAAGCAAAUUUAAAUAGUGAUCAGUAACGACUGAAUCAGACAAAUAAGUUGUAGUUGUUGUUUUAUGUGAAAUAUUCUAAAAUGUGCGAUUCGCAUAAUGAGCUUUUGCGACAAACGCAGACACCGCAAAUGAUGGUGAAUGAACAAGAUAGCCCCCUGGGCACCCCCACCAAACUGGCACAUCAAUUUUGGUUCUCAUAUCCGCCACCGGGCGCUGGCGGAGGCUCUUCCAACAGCAAAACAUCGCAAACGGACGAGGAGAAGCAACGCGACCGACAGCGCAGCGAAGCGAAGAAAGAGGAGCAGGACGCCAUCAAUUACAAGCGCGACAAAGAGGCACGUGAGGCGCGUUUGCUCGAUUUGGAGAUUCGACGACAGCAGAAACGUGAGGAGCAUAAGCAACAACAUCAGUUGCAACAACAACAACACCAGCAGCAGCAACAAUCACAAGCAGGCAGGAGCGAGAAGAGUCCACCCACGACAUCGGGCCAGUCACAACAACAACAACAGCUAUUACAACAACAGCAGCAGCAGCAGCAACAACAACAGCAAGUGACUGGCGCUGGCAGCAGCAGUAGCGGCACGACCACAGCGCCCCGCAUACCAACGCCACCAGAUCGUUCGUGUCCGCCGGCAUUUCGCAGUCGAUCCAUCGAGCGUGAGCUACACUACGAGCGCAAAAGGUAUUCGGCACCGGAAGCAGCCAAAAUCGAGGAGGGUGUAAGCACGACACCAUCACCGCAGGCUAUAACUGGACCGCCGCCAGCCACACAUCAUUCGGUGGUGGCGGGCCCUCCGGCAACAGCAGCAGCUGCUACAGCUGCUAUAAUCCCAAUAUUACCGCUUGGAGUUGCCACCUUGCGUGAUGACUCCACGGAGUCGGAGCAAUCCGUGACAUGUGCGCAGGCUCAGCCAGAUGCGUAUCAUCGCAUUAUACACAAUUGCCACAGAUGUUGGUGGAUACUCUGAAGGACAUACAAUAUCCAAAUCAAUGGAGGAAGACAUGCAGUAAAUGAAAGGUGAAUGCCAGCGUCGACUUCAUCAUAAGGCAGAUUUGUAAUUCCCCUGAGUUCAUCAUGGUUUCAUUGUGUCGAUCAUUGUCGGCACUAUUGUGCCGGAUGAUAUGCGGAUGUAGAAGUUCAUAAUGAAAAUCGUGAAGGCGAUGAUUCCCGAAGACCUGUAUUUACUCAACAAGGAGGAACUGAAGAACAAUCGCAAAGCGUUCGUGGAAGAAAAUGUCGUGUGCCCAGUGCGAAUAUUACUGAGCAACAAUUUAUAAGAUUAUGGCUUCAAUUCUUCACCAUGAUUCGCGUGAAGAAAUGUGCCGCAAGGAAUGGGACACAAAGUAUAUAAAUAAUUUAAAUUUGUGGUAUUAACACAAUUCCAGUAGUUUCAAUAAAGACUUUAAAUAG